AGAGCGGCGCUGCGGAGCGCCGGGCCGGGAAUCUCCCACCGGGACCCCCGGAGGAUGCUGCUGCUGCUGCUGGCGGUGACGGCGGCGGCGGCGGUCGGGGCCGGGCCGGGGAAGGCGGUGCAGUUUUUGGCCGUGGGUGAUUGGGGGGGGGUCCCCGAACCCCCUUUCGUCACCCCCCGGGAAGCGGCCACGGCGGCGGCCAUGGGCCGGGCGGCCGCCGAGAGAGGCGCCGAUUUCGUGCUGGCUUUGGGCGAUAACUUCUACUACGACGGGGUGCGGGAUGAGUGGGACCCCCGCUUCCAGGAGACCUUCGAGCGCGCGUUCGCAGCGCCGGAGCUGCGCGCUCUGCCGUGGUUCGUGCUGGCCGGAAACCACGACCACCACGGCAACGUGAGCGCGCAGCUCGCAUACAGCCGACACUCCGAGCGGUGGCGCUUCCCGCACUACUACUACAGCCUCCGCCUGCACGUGCCGGGCACCAACGCCACGGCGCGGCUGCUGGUGUUGGACACCGUGCUGCUGUGCGGGGCCACCGACGACUUCGGGGUGGGGGCGACCCCUCGGGGACCCCCGGACGCCGCCGCAGCGGAGGCUCAGCUCUCCUGGCUGCAGCGCCGCCUGGCGGCCGCCCGGCACGACCGAUACGUGCUGGUGGCCGGUCACUACCCGGUGUGGUCGGUGGCCGAGCACGGCCCGACGCAGUGCCUGCUGCGGCUCCUGCGGCCGCUGCUGCGACGGCACCGGGUCACCGCGUACCUCUGCGGCCACGACCACAACCUGCAGUUCCUGCACGAGGACGGGGUGGGCUACGUGGUGAGCGGAGCCGGGAACUUCAUGGAGGCCUCGCAGACCCACAGAGCAGCCGUACCCCCCGGCGCCGCCCGCUUCUUCUAUGGGGCUCCGGAGUCCCCCGGGGGUUUCGCCCACCUCCGCCUCGACGCCGAUGCCGCCACCAUCACCUUCCUGGAGGCCAACGGGAGAGUUCUGUACCGCGUGGCGCUGCCGCCCCGUGACCUCUGACCCCCCACGUGACCUUUGACCCCCGUGACCUCUGACCUCGCGACCGGAAGCCCCCGGCGGGUGCCGGGGAGGAACCCGUUGGGCUCAACCCGAAGUCCGCGGUGAGGCCUCGGGCUGCCCCGAGGCCCGGCGCUGAAGCCCUCCGUAGUCACGGAGACCGUAUUACUGAGGCUGCCGCGGCCGCCGCCGCCGCCCACCGGUCAAUAAAGGCCUUCAGAUGGA